AUGAACAGACAGACAGCAAGCCUCCAGAAAUACAAAAGAUCACAUCCUACGAAUUCUAUCGCCCCUGCAACCACUAUAAACAGCGUUACUGCACCGCUUAUCGAAAACCAAGACAAUGUUGCACCUGCGCAGAUUCACGUCCACUGCGCCCUGAUGGUCGCUAUCCACGGUACAUCGAUGGUACAGGAUGGGACCGCGAUGCGCCGCGGUGGGCAGGUUAUUGUGACGGAUGUCAGAAGGCAGAAAUGGGGUACGAUAUACUUCGGUCGGCAAUCGAUAUUUGUGAGCAUUGGAGGAAAGGGUACUGUUGCGGAUAUGGGGUUUGUUGCAUGUGUUCAGAUGUUCGACCACUGUCUCAUGAUGGUCUCUAUCCGUUGUAUGUUGAUGGGCUUGGGUGGGUUUAUGGUGCGACGCGGUGGCAGUUCUACUGUCAGGCUUGCAAGGACGUACAUGAAAUGA